AUGGACGCAAUUAUAUCAAAGGCGAGUAACCAGGCAGUGACUUUUGCUAUCCGAUCAGGGAUAUCAUUGGCCUCUGGGUAUGCUGUCAAGACAGUCAGUAAGUAUUUAGAAACCCAAAGAAAGGUGGCAAUCGAUGCUGCUGCUUCCAAGAGACUCCAAAAACUCCAAACACUGCUUGAAAGUCGCGUUCGAGUUCUUACGGAGACAUUUAGUCUUGUUCGGCUAUUAGCAACUGUGGGGAGAGCAGAAACAUGGGACGCAGUAGUGGCUUUGGUAGAUCAAUUGGAAACAGAGCUAGCAACAUUUACAAUUAGUGUAGAUGAGACACCUGAAAUAGUAGAGAGGAAGAUUCAAUCUUUAACUGCUGAAAUCAAUGGCUUACUCCCAGUUCUUACUUUAGCAUUAACUACAGCUAAUGUUACUCAUAUGUACUAUUAUACGCCAGAAAAGGUGAGUUUAACAAGUUUAUUACGUCUGUAUGACCGAAUGAAACAGAAUGAGACAUCAUUUGAUCUUAAACUCUACUCAAUCUUCUAUAAUCCAGGCCGAAUCACAGAUGGAGGUGAUCCUACAUUAGCUAUUUCUUGGAAGGAAACUUUUGCAAGAUGUAAAGUGAAAAUAAUUGAAGAAAGUCCAUUUAGGUAUUCGCUAUCCGUGGAGGAACUGUUUGAUGAUGAAAGAUAUCACGACGACGAUGAAAAGCCACUCAAGAUGAGAUAUAAUGUUGAUGUAAUUAACAAGAUGUUUUUUACAAGGCUGGGAAACUUACUUCGAUUAGAUAAUGGCGAUUACCCUGUUUUAAUUUUGAAAUUGGUAGAUGACGGUAAAGAGGAGUGGCUUGCCUUUGGCUCAUACGAAGAGACUAAAAGCGAUGAUGAAGAAUCAGAUAGCGACGAAGAAGAAGAUGAUGGGACAAAAAAUAAUAAUGUAAAAGGGAAAGAGAGGGAUUUUUCCAAGACUUAUGCCAAUUCUGAGCUUAACCUUCUUGAUACAAUAAUUCGUUUAUACAAAUAUGAACAAGCCGAAAGAAAACAUGUUCUCAAUGCCACUGAUUCAAAGUUAGCCAUUUACCUAAAUAAGGAUCAAUCGCAGCAAAUCGAUUAUAAUACCCAUCUGUCAUCUUCAAAUGCUAUACUCAACUCCAACAUAUCUCGGUUAGAUACGUUAAAGUUGGAAUAA